GGUUUAGAAAGGCAAAUUGGGGCUACCCUUUGAACCCGACAUGUAAAUGGGAGCAGCUACUCAACACUCAACAGCAUCUUGAUCAUAUACACGCAGUAACUGUAAUCACAAGAUAUUACCUUUUAAGUGCCUUUAUCUGUCGCCGGAUCAGCAAAUUCCGGCGAACAUGGAGUCUCACGCCACCGGACUCCGACGAAUUCUAGUUCUUGUGUUUUGUGUUACUGGCAUUUGGUCUGCUUAUAUAUAUCAAGGCAUUCUUCAAGAGACCGUGUCAACAAAGAAGUUUGGAGCGGAAAAGAAGAGAUUUGAACACCUUGCAUUUUUGAAUUUAGCUCAAAAUGUUGUGUGUUUAAUAUGGUCCUUUAUAAUGAUAAGAUUAUGGUCAAGUGGAAGCACGGGAGGUGCUCCGUGGUGGAGUUACUGGAGUGCUGGCAUUACGAAUACGAUUGGGCCUGCUAUGGGUAUUGAAGCUUUGAAGUAUAUAAGUUAUCCUGCUCAGGUGCUGGCAAAAUCGUCUAAAAUGAUUCCAGUGAUGCUGAUGGGGACGUUGGUUUAUGGUAUCCGAUACACGAUUCCGGAGUAUGUAUGUACUCUCCUUGUUGCUGGUGGAGUAUCAGCAUUUGCACUUCUGAAGACUAGCUCAAAAACUAUAAAAAAGCUCGCUAACCCUAAUGCUCCACUGGGUUACGGGUUGUGUUUCCUAAACCUGGCUUUUGACGGUUUCACCAAUGCAACACAGGAUUCAAUUUCUGCAAGGUACCCUAAAACAAGUGCCUGGGAUAUCAUGCUAGGAAUGAAUUUGUGGGGAACCAUUUAUAACCUGGCCUUCAUGUUUGGGUGGCCUAGUGCCAGUGGGUAUGACGCCAUUGCAUUUUGCAAGCAGCAUCCUGAGGCAGCAUGGGACAUUUUUCUCUACUGUCUCUGUGGGGCAGUUGGACAGAACUUCAUAUUUUUAACCAUAAGCCGGUUUGGGUCGCUGGCUAACACAACUAUUACUACAACGCGGAAGUUUGUUAGCAUAGUGGUAUCUUCUGUGCUGAGUGGCAACCCUUUAUCUUCCAAGCAAUGGGGUUGUGUUGGAAUGGUCUUUUGCGGAUUGUCAUACCAGAUUUACCUCAAGUGGCAGAAAUUGCAGAGAUCGCAAAAGAAGAGGAAGGCCAUGUAGGAGCUUGUUAUAGAUGUUUCAUAUAUAUGUAUCUAUAGAAGAAAGUUUCAAAUAUUUUUGCCCUGGCAUGAUAGCAUUGUUAUUUGAACCCAAAGGUUCAACUGUACUUAAUUUGAUUAGGCCAUAUACUGGAGUCUGGAAUUGUUACAAUUGUCCUCUGAUUCAUUGUUGAAGUAAAUACCCUGUUACUUGUGGUUUUUCACA